UGGCAGAAUCAUCGACUGCAACUUCACAGCCAUCCACAGAAGCUCUGACAUCUACAUCGGCUUCUGCUUCAACAACCACAGCAGCAGAGACAUCUACCGCAAGCUCCACACAAUCAUCAUCAUCUGAAGGAACAACAGUGACAUCGCUCCCCACGACAACUGCAACAGAAACUUCCACUGCAAGUACAUUGAGCUCAACAACUUCACCGACAUCCACAUCAGCUCCCGUCUCAACAAGCACAAUAUUAACAUCAACACUGUCCGCGACUGAAGUUUCAACAACUGAAGAAUCCACAGUCACUCCAGCGGUUUCUUCAACAACUGCGACAGAAACAUCGACUGUCAGUUCACAGACAUCCACAGAAGCUCUGACCUCUACAUCGGCUUCUGCUUCAACAACCACAGCAGCAGAGACAUCUACCGCAAGCUCCACACAAUCAUCAUCAUCUGAAGGAACAACAGUGACAUCACUCCCCACGACAAGUG